ACCAUUGAAAGAGCUUCUCUCAAAUAUAGUCUAUCGAUAUCUAUAUUCUUCUUGAUCAUUUCGAAGAAGCUAUCAGGAGUACACAGGUCUUUCUUGCACUCGCGGUUCGAAUUGGUAAGUGGUACAAUGGCAAAAACAAAGGAACUGACGGAGGCAAGUAAUAGAAGGACCAUUCGUGCCUUCUACGAAGCCCUUAACGGCCGAGACGUAGAGACUAUCCAACGACUGCUUGCUUCAGACAUAGAAUGGUGGUACCAUGGUCCACCAGGUCACCAGUACUUGAUGCAGUUUCUCACUGGGACUAGUUCUAAUAGUUGUACUGGUAGUAGAACCUCCUCAGCGUCUUCAUCAUCGUCCUCAGAUGACCAUGAAGAUAUUGAAGAUUCGUUCUUGUUUGUGCCAAGUUCUAUCACUGCUUUUGGUUCAUUAGUCGUGGUUGAAGGAUGCCAUCUCAGUCGUCUAGUAUCGUGGGUUCAUGUUUGGACAGUCAGUGAUGAUAAUGGGAUAGUUACACAAUUAAGAGAGUACUUCAAUACAUCCCUUACGAUUAAGCGUUUUGAGAAUAAUUGGAAUAGCAACACAAGCAAGUCUUCCACUUCAAAAUCAUCAAGGACUUCUCCGUUGGUUAACUCGGCUGUCUGGGAGAGCAAGCUCUCUAGUACGAUCGGGAAAUCCGUUCCAGGUCUUCUCCUUGCCAUUUAGCUAGGAACAACACUAACAACAUUCCAUAGCUCAUAUGCCGUAAUGCCCAUCCAUCUAAUGGUUAGAUAUAUACAUAUACACGCGUAGUA